CUUUACUCGCCGGGGCAGAGAGAGGAAAGUAAUAAAAGGCGCGCGGUUGGGCCCCCGCAAGUCAGUGUCUUUGACGAGACGCAAGCGACCUGCAACACCACGAUGGCUACCCUGGAAGAACUUAGCAGGGGCCUGCCCCUGGACCCCCUGCCACCCUUCCGCCCUCGGGACCCCAACCUGCCGCACGCACCUAACAGAAAACACACCCUCAAUGCAAAUCAAAAAAAGCUGGCGCUGAAGAAUGCCCUGCGAUACUUUCCAGCGCGGCUCCACGCCGAGUUAGCCAUCGAGUUUUACGAUGAGCUACAGCAGUUCGGCCACAUCUACAUGUACCGCUUCCGCCCCACCCUCCCUCUCAGGGCAUACCCAAUUUGGGAGUACCCGGCGCGCACAAAGGCUGGCGCGGCUCUGCUGCUGAUGGUGAUGAACAACCUGGACCCACAGGUGGCGCAGUACCCUGAGGAGCUGGUCACGUACGGCGGCAACGGCCAAGUGCUGUCCAACUGGGCGCAGUUCCGCAUCCUUUGCGGCUACCUGUGUCAGAUGGGCGACGACCAGACCCUGUCGCUGUACUCAGGCCAUCCGAUGGGUCUAUUCCCGAGUGCAGCGGGCUCCACCCUGAGCCCCAGGGCGGUCAUCACCAACGGCCUGGUGGUGCCAUCAGCGGGACACUCGCGCGCUCAGUACGAUGACCUUUUUGCCCUGGGGGUCACGCAGUUUGGCCAAAUGACCGCUGGCAGCUUCUGCUACAUCGGCCCUCAGGGUAUCGUCCACGGCACCACCAUCACUGUGGUCAACGCGGCUCGCAAAUACCUGCACAGAGACACCCUCGAGGGUGUCGUUUACGUCACCUCAGGCCUUGGUGGCAUGAGCGGUGCACAGGCCAAGGCUGCAGUCAUUGCCGGCUGCGUCGGGGUGGUCGCCGAAGUCGACCCUGUCGCUCUCAAUAAGAGACACGCUCAGGGUUGGCUAACGGAGGUGGAGGAGGAUCUGGACCUAUUAGUUGAGAAAAUCAGGAAGGCCAAGGCAGAGAAAAGGGCCGUCAGCAUUGGCUACUUAGGCAACGCGGUGUCACUGUGGGAGCGCCUGGCUGACGAGCACCGCCGGACCGGAGAGAUCCUUGCUGAACUUGGCUCCGACCAAACGUCCCUGCACGACCCUUUUGGCGGUGGGUACUGGCCCGUCCAACUGCCGCACGCCGAAGCUAAGAAGCUGCUGGUGGAGGACCCUGAUGCCUUCAAAGGCCUGGUGGAGGAGUCGCUGCGGCGUCAGGUGGCGGCCAUCAACCACCUGGCCCAAAACGCUGCCCUUCACUUCUGGGACUACGGCAACGCCUUUCUGCUGGAGGCCAGCAGGGCAGGCGCGCCUGUCGACGGUCCUGACGGCACCUUCAGGUACCCCUCCUACGUCCAGCACAUCAUGGGGGAUGUGUUUUCGUUGGGUUUUGGGCCCUUCCGCUGGGUGUGCUGCUCGGGAGACCCUGAGGAUCUGCGCGAGACCGACCUGAUCGCAGCUCGAAUCAUGGAAGCUGCUUUAAAAAAAGAGAAGGACGAGCCAGUGGCCGCGCAAUUGCGCGACAACCUGAUGUGGAUUAGGGAGGCGGAAGGUCACGCCCUGGUUGUCGGCUCGCAGGCCAGGAUUUUAUAUGCAGACGCCAAAGGUCGCGCAGACACUGCCGUCGCCUUCAACCAGGCUAUCAGGGACGGACGGAUCAAGGGUGAGGUGGUGAUAAGCCGCGACCACCACGACGUGAGCGGAACAGACAGUCCAUACCGCGAGACGUCAAAUAUAACCGAUGGGUCGAGCGUGUGUGCGGACAUGGCGGUGCACAACUUUGUUGGCGGCGCCUUCCGCGGCGCCACAUGGGUGGCACUACAUCAUGGCGGCGGCGUUGGAUGGGGCGAGGUCAUUAAUGGUGGCUUUGGCCUCUUGCUGGAUGGCUCAGACGAGGCCUUCGAGCGGGCUCGAACGUUGCUGCCUUUUGAUGUCAACAACGGCGUCGCUCGAAGGUGCUGGGCUGGAAACGAGAACGCGCGUCUGGCCAUCAACAGGGCCGCUUCCGCUGACCCCAGACUCGCAAUCACCCUGCCGCACACUGUCCUUGAUGACAGCCUUCUUGACAAACUCGUACAGUAGAUUUUAAAAAUUUGUAACCGGAUUUUAAAAAAUUUAAUAAAAGUUAUUUUACAUCACGA